CGUAACUGUGAUUCUGAAUUCGACGCUACGCAUCUGUCACGCCAGAGACAGGGCGCCUUCACGACGCCUUUCUUCGGCCUUUCUGUGUUUUCAGUCCUUUUAAAUGAACGUUGGAGGCCCAAAAUGGAUUUUGGAGAUUUGUUUGACGAGCGAACUUUCACCUUUUCUGACUUUCAAGAGUUUACGUUCCUGCCUAAACACGAGCAUUGGUCAGAGAGAGUGAGGAAACGGCUGUAUUAUGGUCUUGACUCUGACAGCCCGUUGGAUGCUUUAUCUUGUCCCAUGACAGAUAUUGCUGUGGAACUGCUUCAGAAAUCUGCCCCAAGCCCCAUAAGGAAACUCCACAAGAAAUAUGCUGCACAUGUGGCCAGGGAAGCAUGUAUAUCUCCUUGCGCUAUGAUGUUGGCCUUGAUAUACAUUGAAAGACUGCGACACAGAAACCCCGAAUACCUGCAACAGAUCUCAUCCUCAGACCUCUUUUUGAUAUCCAUGAUGGUUGCCAGCAAAUACUUGUAUGAUGAAGGAGAAGAGGAGGAGGUUUUCAACGAUGAAUGGGGUACUGCGGCCAAACUGGAUGUUCAGACUGUCAACACUCUGGAAAUGAACUUCCUCAAUGCGAUCGACUGGAAUCUCUUCACCGAGCCCAGUGACUUCUUUAAGGUCCUAAGUCAGGUGGAAACCGGCAUUGCGGAGCGGCAAGGUAUGAAGCGAGGCUGGUUUACCUACACGGAUCUCUGCGUCCUGUUGGAGCAAACCCAUUGGAGGGAAGCCCUGUCUGCUAUCUACCAGCACUUUACCAAGAUCACCUGUAUGUUGGGUCUCCUGUACUUGACAAGCGUAGCCGGCCUCAUCGCUUCUUCCGCUGUCAUCCACCAGCUCAGCCGUCUUCCCAACACCAGCCACACUUACUUGGACCCGAUUACGCACACAUCCCUUCAGACACCAGCGCUCCUCCCUGAGCUCUUGCUGGACAUACCUCGGCCAACCUCAAACCUCCAUUGCUGCGUCCUGACCAACGACAGCUUGAAGCCGCGCCCCACCGUUGUGCCCGAGCAGCCUACCUCUUCAUCCUAUCAGAACAUGGCGCUCUGUCUCUGGGGCUCCAUCCUCUCUACUCUUUCCUACUCAAACCCCUUGUUGGACAUCCAGCCACAAGACUGUUUGGUAUCCGAAGUGGUCUGUAAUGGCCACACGGGGGGUUUCCCCCAAUUCGCAAUAGCUCGCAAUGGCUCGACGACUCUUUCCUCUCCGUGGUAUUCCCGUCUCACUGCACAUUGGCUUGGGUUAGGUCAGUUUAGCAUAGGCCUGAUGUUUCCAGACCCCCAUGUUAGCUCUAUGCCACCAUUUCAAAGUCACCCAUGUUGCCCAGAGACUACUUUGCCAUAUGGGAAAUUGCCAUCUCUUCUAAUGCCCGGUUAGAUGAGUCUUCUAGCAAAAUAAACCAGCUAAGUUUACAUGCGCAGUCAACUCCCUUGGUUUUCCUUGUUGUAUAUGAACCAGUGAUAUAGGUUGGAUAUAACCAGGUUGUGGUGGGAUAUCAGUAUGUUGGGGAGAAGGUGGUUAGGAUGCUUAAGUGCUUAUUGACAGUUUGAAUCUUGACGUGUGUGAUGCAGUGCACGCUAAUGCAGUAUAAAUGAACGUUUUUUUUUUUCUUCUUUUUCCGGAUGUGUUUGGCUGUUUUUAGGUGUUACAUGAAACCUCCAAAGCAUCCAAACAAAAAUAAUGUUACAUAAGUUAACAAAAGGGUCUUCUCUUGUGCCGGAAGUGCGUGCUCUUGUUUUGAAUAGUUCGUCUGGCUUUGCGCAAGAUGGCGAUGUGCUGAUGAGGGCUGUAUUGUUAUGAAGUUCCUUCCUGUGAAAGCCUUUAUUUUCAAGUUGGGUUUGAAUUUAAGCCUGGUUUUGUUCACUUGGUUUCAGAGAGGACGGGUUGAAGAAAAGCGAAAAGGGAUCAGUUUUAAAGUUUAGUUUAAGAUAUACCUAAUGUUCAGAUAGUUGAUGCCAUACCUCAUCCACAAAGCACUGAUCAAAGAACGCUUUAUUUGACUGUUUUCUAACGAUCCUCGAUAUUUUGAUAUCCUGAAGUGAUAACAUAUUGGAAUUACUGAACGGGCUAAUUCAAUAGAUUUAUUUGGGUUCAUUGCUUUGUUAAUGAGUUUAAUUUGACUUUAUUUUAUGUUCUUUAAAUGUAAUUAAGCAAACGAUAUAUUAGGACUUGGGCAUAAAAAAGCACCUGAUUUAGUGAGCUCUUACAUAUCCACCAUAAUUUCUUCAUGACUUCUGUAUUUUCAUGAAUUUUGUACAUUUUGUAUAGAAAUUAUAAAAGAACAUAUAGCUGCAACAAAAGUAAUAAAAACACCUUAAUCUCAAA